AUGAGAACCCCAUCCCUCUCUUCUCUCUACCUCGUCUUUACAGCAGUUUCCCAUCUUCUCUCCAUCUGCCUGCUUGCAAGUGCAGAAGAAUCGCCAUGGCUGGGGGGAGACCUCCGCGCCCAGGAGUCCCACCGAGUGGUCAAUCUUCCGGGGCAGCCCCCCAGCCCAGCCCCCAUCUCGCAGUACUCGGGCUUCAUCACCGUGGACGGGGAGAGUGGGAGAGCCCUCUUCUACUGGUUCUUUGUGGCUCAGACUCUUCCCUCUCGUAGACCUCUUCUCCUCUGGCUCAAUGGAGGUACCGCCUGUCGAUUGACUAUGAUGUUCAUUUCUUCUGAGAGUGAAGAAAUCUUUGCUUAUCUCUCUCUCACUGUCUAUCUAUCUAUCUAUCUACCUAUCGAUGUAUAUAUCUCUGUCUGUCUGUCGAUGAAUGUAUCUAUUCGCAGGUCCUGGCUGUUCUUCCGUUGGCUAUGGGGCAGCUGUGGAGCUGGGUCCUCUAAGAGUGAAGAGAGAUGGGAAUGGGCUAGAGUUCAAUAGAUACGCUUGGAAUCAAGGUCCGUCGUCCACCGUGUUUCUCUCCUCAUGUCUUCACGGAAGUAGCUUUUUUUCUCUAUCGCCUUCAUUCAUCUUAUGAAGACUGGGUUCUCAUUUCGUAUAGAAUCUGAAUACUGUAUAUGCUCUUGCAGAAGCAAAUCUUCUAUUCUUGGAGUCUCCCGUCGGAGUCGGGUUCUCCUACACCAACACAUCUUCUGAUCUCAACAAGCUGAAUGAUGAGCUUGUCGGUAAUGGGCAAAGCUCCCUCUCUCUCUCUUUCUCUCUCUCUCUCUCUUUCUCUUGCUGUCUCUCGCUUCCUUUUUCUCUCUACCUCUGGGGGAGAUGACUCAUUGAGCUGUGCAGCUGAGGACGCCUACGAGUUUCUGGUCAAUUGGUAUGAGAGAUUUCCUCAGUACAAGUCCCAUGAUUUCUAUAUAUCAGGAGAGAGUUAUGCCGGUAAGUACGCUAAUCCGCGGCUAAUGUUUGCCCAUUUUUUAUCUCUUCCUUCAUCACGAGUUUCUCCGCAUGGAAAGGUGGGAAGAGAGAGAGUCUGCCAUUGGGCCAGUGUACUUAGAUCCCUCCGUGAGUGUAGGUUGUCAUCUUCUGAGAAAAUUCCAAGGUAACCAAGAAAAAUAACAGUCGCGGUGCAGAGAGGAGAGGUUUACGAUGCCUACCGCUGAAACCAGAAAUAGAAAGGGAGAGAAGGGGAAUGGGCGAGGAAGGGUGCGGGGAGAGAGGGGGAGAGAGAGAGAGAGAGAGAGAGAGAGAGAGAUCCGUUGAAAAGCCACACAGAGAAAGAGGAAUACAAUGUCUACCAUCUGAAACCAGAUAUAUGAAUGUCUACAAAGACAGAGAGAUAGUUAGGUUUACAGAUACACUCUGAUGGGGUUGUACAGUGGCGACAGCCCCACUUUCCUCGCUGUUUGGUCCCAUUUAGGGAGCUUCCAUCUCCUUUCUGUGGCAGGUCACUACGUCCCCCAGCUUGCAGAGCUCAUUUACGAUCGCAACGAGGACUCCUCUGGGAAGUUCCCGCGGAUCAAUCUGAGAGGAUUCAUAGUAAGGCAUUUCUUUCAGACAUUACGCAAUUCAGAUCAUGUCUGAGGAAGAAUUGGGUGCUCAUAUACGGCCCAUCCCCAGGUAGGAAACCCCGAAACGGAAGACUACUACGAUUCCAAGGGCCUGCUGGAGUUUGCAUGGAGCCACACCGUCAUCUCCGACGAGCUCUUCCGGCUCGCCAGCCGAGUCUGCGACUUCCGCCAUUACAGGUGGCCCAGUGAGUGCUCCGUCGCCAUGGACAGAGUCUUCCGGCAGUACCGGGAGAUCGACAUCUACAACAUAUAUGCGCCAAAGUGCACUUUGACGCCCUCUUCGCCGUCGGCGGCGGCAGCAGUGGUGGAGGAUAUGGUAGCGUCGAGGACGACGAGGAUGGGUGCUGGCGGUUAUGACCCUUGCUUCUCGGCGUACGCGGAGGAGUACUUCAACAGGGCUGAGGUGAGAAGGUCGCUUCACGCCGACGCCAUUGCUGGCGAUAACAGGAGGUGGAAGGUUUGCAGGUGAGUGAGAUGCAGUUGACCGGCGAUGGGUUCAGUCAUAAGGUUGGAUGAGCCUGUUCUGAGAUUCAUUCGUCUUUUGCCCUUGUUUUCUUGCAGUGAUUCCAUACUGAGGAAUUACAAUUACACCGUCCUCUCCGUGACCCACAUCUACCUCAAGCUCAUCGCCGCCGGGAUGAGGAUCUGGGUCUACAGGUCUCUCUCUCUCUCUCUCUCACUCACUCUACAGUAUGCUUUGUCGCCUCACGUUCUGACAAGUCACCCUUGGCUUUUUGCGUUGGGGAGGAGAGUGACAGUGGGGACGCCGACGGGAGGGUUCCAGUCAUCGGAACAAGGUACUGGGUGGAGUCUCUGGGUCUCCCCCUUAGAGCUCAGUGGCGUCCUUGGUAUCACCGCGGCCAGGUCCUCUAUCUCUCUCUCUAUCUCUCUCUCUCUCUCUCUCUACUCUCUACAACUAUAUGUAUAUGAAUAUAUAUGUGCGAGCCCGUUCUUAAAUAUGCAAGUACCUCUUCCGAGGCACAGGUGGGAGGGAGAUUCGCGGAGUACGAAGGGCUGACGGUGGCAACGGUGAGAGGGGCGGGCCAUUUGGUCCCUCUCAACAAACCACGCGAGUCCCUCGUCGUCAUCAACUCCUACUUAUCGGGCCUCCAGCUUCCCAUCCGCAGAUAA